UCUCGCCUUCGUUGCUGCAGCUGCGAAAAAAUAAUCAAGCACGGUGAAAGACACCGACACCCAAGUGUGCUAAAUCAGAGGAUUAAACAAUGGCUCUGGAAUCGCGGAUCACCCAAGAAGAAAUCAAAAGGGAGCCAGAGAAGCCCAUCGACCGAGAAAAGACCUGUCCCCUCCUGUUGCGAGUCUUCACCACCAACUGUGGCAGACACCACAGACCAGACGAAUUUGCCCGUGGAAACGUCCCCUCCAGCGAGCUCCAAAUAUACACAUGGAUGGAUGCUACCCUGAAGGAGCUAACUAGCCUGGUGAAGGAAGUGUAUCCAGAAGCCAGGAAAAAGGGGACCCACUUUCAUUUUUCCAUCGUCUAUCCUGACCAUAGAGGGAAAGUCUACAGGUUGAGAGAUCUCGGCAACACUAUUUCAGGAAGGAAGGGCACAGAUGACUCCAUGACUUUGCAGUCCCAGCGUUUCCAGAUUGGAGACUAUCUGGACAUAGCGAUCACACCGCCCAACAGAGUCCCACCUCUAGGUCCACGCAUGAGACCAUACUAAACACAAACACGCAAACCUUUCUACACACAUACACGUUUUUGUUGUUUAUUCUUCCAUUGAAUCAUCUGUGAUGGUUUUUGCCUCAUUUUAUAAAGUGUGAUGUGAAAUAAAGUUGUGUUUUGUUUCCAAA